CUCCAGACCCCAGGGGCGGGGCUUCUCAGCGGUUGACCGGCCGUCACCAACUGCGGUCUCGUGUAUAGUGCUCUUUGCUCGCUAUGCCUCCGCCGCGGGGUGACGUGACCGCCUUAUUCCUGGGUCCUCCGGGUUCAGGAAAGUCCGCACUGAUCGCGGCGCUAUGCGACAAGGAUGUGGAGACGUUAGAGGCCCCCGAGGAACGGCCGGACUCCGGGGUCCCCAGCCUGAGAGCUGCGGGCCCAGGCCUCUUCCUGGGUGAGCUGAACUGCCCACCCGCAGCGCCGGGGCCCUGGGCGGCAGAGGCCAACGUCCUGGUACUGGUGUUACCCAGACUCGAGGGGAACGGGGAACCCUUGGACCCAGCUCUGGGAGAGGCAGCGAGGGCCGCCCUGACCCGAGGGACUCCGCUGCUGGCUGUGCGGAACCUCUGUCCUGGGGAUUCACAGAAUGACGCCCAGGUUCGGGAUCAGACGGCGGCCCUGCUGGACAGAGCGGGGUUAGGAGCCGCCGCUCUCUUCGUGCUGCCAGCGAAUUGCGGUAGCAGCGACAGCUGCGAGGAGCUAGAGCGCCUGGGGACGGCGCUGCGGAGCCAGGCGGAGGAACUGCAGAGGCUCCUGCCACCGGCUCAGGAUGGUUUCGAGGUGCUGGGCGCAGCAGAGCUGGAGGCUGUGCGAGAGGCCUUCGAGACCGGUGGCCUGGAGGCGGCGCUGUCGUGGGUGCGCGCAGGCCUGGAACUCCUAGGCAGCGCACGGCUGGACCUGGCUGUGGCCGGCACGGCUGACGUGAGCCUUGUACUGGACGUGCUACUCGGAUUGAAUCCGGGCGACCCAUGUGCUGUGCCCGCUUCUGCGCCCGUGGGGCCCACUCCCUUCCCGGCCCCAGAGCGCCCCAAUGUGGUGCUCUGGACUGUGCCUCUGGGCCCCGCGGUCAUUGCUGCCGCCGCUGCCGCCUCUCACCCGACCCACUACGAUGCCCUCAUCCUUGUCACCCCUGGGGCCCCUACUGAGAAGGAUUGGGCUCAGGUCCGGGCCUUGGUGCCACCAGGUGCGCCGCUUGUCUGUGUGCGAACAGACGGCGAGGGCGAGGAUCCGGAGUCUCUGGAAGAAGAAGAAAAGGUGGAGAAACCCGGAGGCGACAGUUUAGAGGGCGGAGGGGUGUUGGAGAAUGCACUCAGUGAGCGCACUGAAUCGCAGAAAGUAGGCAGUGGGGAAGGUUCAGAAAAAGCUGGCAGUGGAAACGUGCAACAGGUCGUCGGCGCUAGGAAAUCGGAGCGCGCGGCCGCUUUGAGCCCGGAAGACGAGACGUGGGAGGUGCUGGAGGAAGCGCCGCCGCCGGUGUUCCCUCUACGGCCGGGAGGACUCCCGGGGCUAUGCGAAUGGCUACGGCGAGCGCUUCCCCCGGCCCAGGCGGGGGCGCUGCUCCUGGCGCUGCCACCCGCUUCUCCCAGUGCUGCUCGAAGGAAGGCUGCGGCGCUGCGGGCUGGGGCGUGGCGGCCGGCUCUGCUGGCUAGUCUGGCGGCAGCGGCGGCACCAGUACCAGGACUGGGCUGGGCGUGCGACGUGGCACUUCUACGGGGUCAGCUGGCGGAGUGGCGGCGGGCUCUGGGGCUGGAACCAGCGGCGCUAGCACGACGCGAGCGCGCUCUGGGCCUCGCUCCUGGGGAGCUAGCAGCGCGCCUAGCAGCGCGCGUGCGCUUCCCGGGCCCGGUGACGCGCGCCGAGGUGGAAGCAAGGCUGAGCGCCUGGGCUGGCGAGGGCACUGCCGGGGGUGCGGCGCUGGGCGCACUCUCCUUCCUGUGGCCUGCGGGUGGCGCAGCGGCGGCAGGUGGCCUGGGCUACCGCGCGGCACACGGCGUCCUGCUGCAUGCUCUCGACGAGAUGCAGGCUGACGCCGAGGCGGUGCUGGCUCCCCUUGAGCCCGCCCAGUGA